UUUGUUUUGCGUUGCCACGAUUUUACUGCCCCAGCUGACCUCAAGUCUCCAGGCUGGGAACUAGCUCCUUAGAAUUGACACCAAAAUUGAAGAAGAUAAUGGGUGAAAGUACUAGUGUGACAAAUGGGUUUUCUCAAAGCAGGAUGGAUCAGAAAAUAAAUGUCUAUAUAUGGGACAUGGAUGAGACUCUUAUACUGCUCAAGUCUUUGUUGAACGGAACGUAUGCGGAGGCUUUCAAUGGUUUGAAGAAUAUCCAAGAGGGUGUUGAAAUCGGAAAGAUGUGGGAGAAGCACAUUCUUGCUUUGUGUGACGAUCAUUUCUUUUAUGAACAAAUUGAGAACUGCAAUAAACCCUCUCUUGAUGCCCUGAGCCAGUAUGAUGAUGGGCGGAAUCUUUCUGAUUAUAAUUUCAACCAAGAUGGGUUUGGUCCUCCAUAUGAUGAUUCCAACAAUAGAAAACUGGCGUAUAGGCACAGAUUCAUAGCCCAUAGAUACAAACAGGUGUGCAAGCACAUCCUAUUUGUAGAAGAAGUUUUUGUUCUUUUAAUUUUGUCGUGCUUUAAGUUUUACUUGUAA